AGCGGAAACGGGCCGCCGGCCCCGACCUCAGCCGGGGACCUGGCCGCGCAGGUGCCCACGAGUUUCUCCUUGUUUUUUGAGAAGGACCUUCAGAGGAAGGAGUCGGUCGAAUGGGUUAAUAUGGUUUUGGGGAAGUUGUGGAAGGUUUAUAGAGGGGGGAUUGAGAACUGGAUCAUGGGGUUUCUCCAGCCGGUGAUAGAUAAUCUGAAGAAGCCUGAUUAUGUUAACAGGGUUGAGAUUAAGCAGUUCUCGCUAGGGGAGGAGCCGCUGUCGGUUAGGAACGUCGAGCGGAAGACUUCUCGCAGUGUUAAUGAUCUGCAAUACCAAAUUGGUGUUCGUUAUACUGGUGGUGCUCGCAUGUUGUUGUCACUGUCCUUGAAGUUUGGUGUCAUUCCUUUAGUCUUACCGGUAGGCAUUCGUGAUUUUGACAUUGAUGGGGAACUAUGGGUUAAGUUACGGUUAAUACCAUCUGAGCCUUGGGUAGGGGCUGUGUCAUGGGCUUUUGUCUCUCUUCCAAAGGUCAAGUUUGAGCUGUCACCAUUUCGCCUUUUCAAUCUUAUGGCAAUUCCUGUACUUUCAAUGUUCUUAACAAAGCUCCUUACUGAAGAUCUACCUAGACUUUUUGUGCGCCCGAAAAAAAUUGUCCUUGAUUUUCAGAAAGGUAAAGCACUUGGUCCUGUUUCAAAUGAUGGUAAAGCCGAAACAAACAAUGAGGGGAAUAAAGAUUUUGUUGGCGAGUUGUCAGUGACUCUGGUUGAUGCUCGGAAACUUGGUUACGUUAUAUUUGGGAAGACAGAUCCAUUUGUUGUUCUUAGUCUGGGUGAUCAAGCAAUUCGAAGUAAAAAGAAUAGCCAGACGACAGUCUUUGGGCCACCCGGGGAGCCAAUAUGGAACCAGGAUUUCGAUUUACUUGUUGCAAACCCUAGAAAGCAAAAAUUAUCUAUUCAAGUAAAGGAUUCUUUUGGCUUUGCUGAUUUCACUAUUGGCUCAGGAGAGAUUGAACUUGGUUCCCUUCAAGAUACGGUGCCAACAGAUAAAAUUGUAGUUUUGCAAGGUGGUUGGAACUUUUUCAAGCGGCAGGCAUCAGGAGAAAUAUUACUCCGUCUUACAUAUAAGGCCUAUGUUGAAGAUGAAGAAGAUGUAGCAGAUAUGAAACAUGUGGAUAAUGAUUUAUCUGAUGACGAGAUAUCUGAUUAUGAGCAAGCAGAAAAUGCAUCUGGAGAAAGCAAAUUUGAAAGAGAGAGAGAAUCAUUUAUAGAUGUCCUAGCAGCUUUGCUUGUAAGUGAGGAAUUUCAAGGUAUAGUGGCAUCAGAAAUGGGAUUCUCUAGAGCUUCAGAGGAGUUCAACUAUCCAGAACCACCAGUAUCAAGAACACGUGGUCGCGGUGCUGAGAACUCUCUUCUCGAGUCUGAUACCAAUUCUGGAGGUCCAAAAGAUUCAACAUUAAUCUGGCUUGCGGUGGUAACAAGCAUAAUGAUCCUGAUAUCUGUGAACAUGGCCGGUUCAAGUUUCUUCAAUCCAUGAUGUGAUCAGCAAAGCCUGCAAAAGGAGCCAACAUGUGUUGUUUUGCUCUAAUAAAGUUCCCAAGUAAUACGUUGCGUUUCAAGAUGAAGAGCACCCACCAUGUAUUUUACGAGAUUCAUCAGUUGCUAGAAGAGGAAGUGCUGAUUGCGGCAUUUUUGUUCUUUCCCCUAACGUUUAAUUGUUAAUAUUCCCUUGUAUGUAUUACUUCUUGUCCAUGUCAUUUCCCACCCAUAAUUUUGUUGUUUCUUGAGUUCAUUGAUGCUUUGUUGAAGUGCAUUUCUCAAGUUCAUUAGUAAAUCUUAUGUGUAGAAGUAAUGUUUCACAAAGGCAGAGAACUGCAGAGAUUUAGCCCUUAUUUCAUCUAUUCUCUGCUUUUUUGUAACUGAAGAGAACACAAGGACAGGAUAUCUUUGCAUUAAUGUAACAA